AUGUAUGGAUAUUACAAUAAAGUUCAAGCCUCACGGUCAAUUAGAAAAAUAGCAGAAAACCAUAGGCCAGAUAUAUUUGCCUUUCAAAAAGGUAACUACAAAUCGCAACAGAUUUUUCUUGCGGGGAUUACAGGACCCUCUGAAACUCCAUACGAAGGUGGAAUAUUUUAUAUCUCAGUUUUCCUUCCCAGCAACCAUAAUAAUUACAAGUUCCAGUUCCUUACCAAAAUUUUGCACCCAAAUAUAAGCGAGGAUGGAACAUUUCAGAUAGAAAUGCCCAGUAAAGCCAAAGAAGAUAUUGAAGAUGGGCUUAUAUGAAUAAUCGAACUUUUGAAGAAACCAAAAUGGGAAUUAGCCACUAAUAAAGAAUUAGUACUAAUUUAUAAAGAAAAUGAAGAGAUAUACUUUUCUUAUGUUAAAGAAGCUGCAGUUAUGUAUGCGAUUUAA